UAGACGAGUGGAACAUAAUAAUCUGUGUAAAUUGAAUAUGCGAUGAAAAAAUUUCGAUUAUUUUUAUAAAAAUCUCAUGGCUGCUAUUGUAAAUUAAGUAAUUCAUUAGAUUUAAUACACCAACACAAUAACAUGGUGCGGGAGUGUAAGUGUUUCGUGAAUGUGCUCUACCCUGGGAUUGUUUGUUUGUGUUCAUUGCCUUCGGUCGCGUCUCGGGACCGUCAGUCGUCUUCGCGUUGUGUCAGUCGCAGUCGGUCGGCUCGAGCUCACCUUGAGUAUCGCACUCGUCUCGCAUUUUAUUUUCGACUUUGUUUAAUGGCAUAACAUCUACGAGUGAUAUCAACAAAACAAUGCUAUCGGACUGUAUCGCUGUCGGAUAAUCGCAUGAUAAGAACAAUGUGAAAUCAAUGUUACAAUGAAUUUAUGUACUUUCGUAUUAGAAAAAAGACAGUAGACAUAAUCCGUGAGUGUUGGGUCGGGGAUAUUUUUGUAAAAAUGAGACAUGCAUUCAGUCGAAAUGCAAAAAAGUGUUUCAGUGCAAGUAGAUAGUGAUUUCGCUUUGUUACUGCCGAGCGGUGUCUACGAAAUUAAAAAAAUGGAGCCAAGAUCGAAGUUACGAAAAGUGAUACUAUUCUGUUUACUACUAUCACUGUUUGGUAUGGUGGCAUUUGGAUACUUCUGUCCCGACCAGGUGUGCGCACUGUCACCGCGGGAUCGGGUGUCCGAGUCGUUGGCUCUCUCGUACGCUGAAGCUCCUGGCAGGCCGCUUCCUGACGUCAUCGCUCAGCCGGGUCUCUCCUAUGACGAAGUCCUCCACGACGACUUCCGAUUCGACCUGAACGCCCACGACGUCAUGGUCUUCUUGCACAUACAGAAAACUGGCGGAACCUCUUUCGGGAAACACCUAGUCAUGGAUUUAGAUUUAAAGAGGCCAUGCAACUGUCAACGAGCGCGAAAACGAUGUCAUUGUUUUCGACCGCACAGCAACGAAAUAUGGCUGUUUUCGAGAUACUCUACCGGUUGGAAGUGUGGUCUACAUGCUGACUUCACGGAACUGACUGCGUGUGUGGGCGGGGAACUGGACCGGCACGAGGGAUCCGCUGUGCAUCGACGGUACUUCUACAUCACACUGUUACGGGAGCCUGUGUCCAGGUACUUGUCGGAGUACAGACACGUGAAACGCGGUGCCACGUGGAAGGGAUCCCGGCACUGGUGUCAAGGAAGAACUGCUACAGCUGCUGAGGUGCCAGCAUGUUACUCCGGUGACUCUUGGCGUGGUGUGACUCUCGAAGAGUUCAUGUCCUGUCCCUGGAACUUGGCGAACAAUCGGCAAACUCGUAUGUUAGCUGAUCUGGCGCUGGUGGGCUGCUACAACGGAACCCUCAAGCACCGCACAGCAGAGACUGACAGGGUCCUCCUCGCCUCUGCUAAAAGAAAUCUUGCUGCAAUGGCGUACUUCGGACUUACAGAAUAUCAGAAGAUAUCUCAGUACGUGUUCGAGGAGACAUUCAACCUGCUGUUCGCGGUGCCGUUCACACAACACAACGCGACGGUGUCGGGCGCCACCCUGGCCGCACUGUCGCCUUCUCAAAUCGCACACAUCAAGCGACUUAACUCACUCGACCUCGAGCUCUACGAGUUUGCCAAGAACCUCAUGUUUAAAAGAUUCGAAGCAUUGAAGAAACGAGACACAGACUUCGAGUACCGGUGGCGGCAUUUGGGAGAAGUGGCACGCAGUGGCGUCACCGAGUUUGACUGGGACAGCAAUUUGGAAGACGCCACUACCGAGAAGUCCAAAGGCAAGUAACCUGCCUCGACUGCAGGCCCCGCCAGUGACGUCUCCACCCUAGUGCAUACCCUAGUCAUAGAUAACCACACAAAUUGAAUAAAGAAUUUAUUUUUUAUUCAUAGGUCUCGUUGUGACCUUGUAAAUACUAUUAGAACGCAUUAAGUACAUUUCUCAGACCGAUCGUAAACGAAAUCAAUUUAUAUCGCGCUGUACAAAUAACUUUAUUUUAUUAAUCGUCGUGCAUUUAUAGUAAAAAUAUUCUAAAUUAGAAUUUUUAUUAAUUUUUAUCUUUGGCAACAUUUUAUUUUUAUUUGUAAAAUGCGCUCUAAAUCCAUCCCUUAUAGAGUUAAAACUAUACAUAAUUACAUACAAUAUAUUAUAAAUAUAUCUGUAGUAGGAAUGUAAUGUUGUUCUAUAUUGUUGAAUGAAUGUUGACGUUUGAUAGAUACAGGGUAGGUAAUGCAUCUAGGUUGAACCCAACGAAGUGUAGCCUUUAGUGUAAUCGUUACUAGUAAUUUCCAGUAAAAUUUGUGACAGACGUCCUACUUCGAAGUAUUCAUGCGGCCGCAAUUUAAAUAGAAUGAAUCAAUGUCGUCGGCAAUGGCUAUCCGAUCGUAUUGGAAAUAGUUUGAAAGUAAAGUGAAAUAGAACGUGGACAUUAAUUCUUCGAAGUAGGAGUUGUGAAAGGACUCCGAGGUAAGCGGUUAUGGCCGCGACGUGGACUGCCGAUGACGUCCGAAUUUAUUUCCCAACCAGCUUUUCUCAUUUAUCGAGAGAACAGGAUGCGGUCAAUUGCGAUUGUUUGUGAUUGAAUCGAAACGGGUGAUUGAUCGUGUCGACUAUAUUGUGGGAGAAUCGAGAGCGGGACCGACCCCGGGCCCCGGUCGUUCUUACGAACGUGCAGCUAAUUGUGUUACUUAUCAAUUGAAUUAUGUCGUGUUCCUAUGUCGCAAACGAUACGUUUCAUUAUAUUAUCAUUAAUACAAGUCAUUGUUGUUGCUGACAAAUUAUUUUUAGCAUUGUUCCUAUUUCAUAAAAUGCUUAUUUGUUAGGAAAAGUAAUCAUGUAUUUAUUAAUGGUUGUUGUUAAGGCAGCUUGUCCAUUGUCCAGCCAUCCGCGUAACUCGGAGUCCAGUUUAUCAAUAGCACGUACCUAUAAUAAGAAAUCGAAUGAAAUUGCUCAGGAUACCUCAAAAGUGUGGAAUAAUUUAUAAGAGUAGUUAUUUUCUGGUGUAAUUGCGCUAUUACUCACGGAUCGAACAAUAUUGUGGGCUGGAGUAGGUAUUCGCUGAACGCUCUCGAUAUGAAUGGUCCGGGACCGAGUAUCGAUAACAUCGGAGUAAUAUUUAAUUUUGCUUUCUGUUCACUAUCGAUAUCGUUAGAGUACAGCGCCCAGCCCGGUGAGCGAGGAACAAAGGGAAUAAGUCUAUUAAUACGUAAUGUACAGUCGACUUCAAAAGACAAAGGUACGAAACUGUAUGCACCCACAAAUAUUAAUACAUUCGCCAUUCUCGAGGGUUGAUGGUAUCUGGAGUGCACUCAGUGUUCUAGUGGCUCUAUAUUUAGUACCGCUACUGUACCUAGCGAAAUGUAAAAGCAUUUGCAUAAGUGCAUUCAAAGUCGACUCCUUGUUCUAUUCGGUUUGUAUUAAUUGGUAUACAAUCAAAAUUCUCAUUAAAUUUUUGACCAAAGAACAAAAAUGAGUGCUAUGUAUGUUUGUUCUCAUAUUGAGUUAAGUUUGAGGUUAAGUUUUAUGUUAGGGGUGUUUUUAUUUGGUUAUUGUUUAAUUAAAAACAACAAAUUAUUUAAAUACUUGUUUUUAAUUAAACUUAACGCCAAUAAGGACAAGUUACUCGUAAGUCCGAAAUAAAGUACUGUGUAACCAUGCAGCUGUAAAUAUUACGAUUGUGUUCCAUGUGUUGUCUAUUAGUUAGUGACUUAUGUUUAAUGUUAUCAACUCCUUGUAUACAGCUAAUAAGUACCUACGUGAUAAGUUCAGCUCUUUUUUAUUUUUGUAUUUAUUUUAGUUUCAUUUUGUUUUAUAUCUCUAAAUAGAAGUCUGAGUGCAGAUAAUAUCGAUGCCACGUUUCGCGUGAUUAUUUUUUUUUUAAAUGAACAAACAUCACCUAUUUCUAGUACCUCGAAGCUCUAUGGUUUUGACUUGUAUAGUUUAAUAUUAGCUCACUUUAGUUGUGAACAUUUCACUAGUAGAAUAUGUAAACAAUGAAUGCUCGUGUCUGAUAAAAAGAAUGAACAACAAUAGCACAAACAAUGCCAUUUUCAAUUCUCAAAGAAAUAAAAUUUUUCUUCUAUUUUACACGAAGCCUGUAUUGAAAACGAAAUAUAGCAUUCAAGCGGCAAUAGCGAAAGUAAACUGCAACAAACAAGUCUAUGCCGAACUGUUUGCAUUUAUUCUUAGUACGAGUGCAUUUCGUAUUCCACGCUCAGUGCGCCAUUCUAAACUCUACACCGACGCAACAAAGUUUAAAGUAAAGAUUCCACUUUGAAAGUAUAAGGGAAUUGUGUAUCAAAGCGAAUUUUGUUUUUUAAAGUAUUUCAAACUGUCGUACCGUACGACAGACUUUACAAACAUUUUUUCCCCGAACAUUGUAACUUGUCUGUUAUAUUCAUAAAGUUAUUUACGGCGCCAUCUUUCUUUUUUAUAUUCCAAUAUUUGCUGCAUUUAAAGUACAAUUUUUAUUAUUAUGUGUAAAUCAAUGCACUUGAGCCUUUUUAUCUCGUUUAUUUCAGUUUACAAAAUUAUCUCUCAUUCUUUUCAAAUGUGUAUGUAUUUGUAAAUCAUAUUAAAAUGAAAUUGUAUAAAAUGUUAUAUCCAGUUAGAAUUGUAUAAUUCAGCAUGUCUUACAAUAGUUAUAAUAAAAACAAAAUGUUCCCUGUAUUUACAACGGUGCAGAUUGUAUGUAGUCGUGUAUAUAAUUUGUAAAAUGAAUAUGUUCUGAAGCCGGCUCCAAUUAACGUGGAGGAGUGUGGAUGCUCCAACGCGACCGAUUGAUACGCCGGCUCUCGACAAUAACGUUUAUAGGUCACUUCAAUUUAGUCCUUUAUACUGAAUUGUACGCAAGCAGUGUGCAUGGAGCUAUUUCUUUAUACGUAGAUAAAAAGACAUUUUACGAAUUACUUUAUAGCUGUACUCGCUGACAACGGAUCUGUCGAACUGUUAUUUAGAUUGAUGUGAACAGUAUCACCGAGUAACGCUUUGAUAGAUCACGCUGUCGGCGGCUGUACAAUUUUAUUUAUCUCAUUAAUUUGAGAGCUGUCUCAAUAUCGAUGUUACUCUCAUAGUUAGUUUAUCGAAUUAGUACUAAGUAUUGAUAAAGUAUGUAUAUUUUUCUGUGUGUAAAAUAACGCUAAGCCCUGUGAUAUGAAAACGAUUGCACCCAAUGUUUUGCAGUAAUAUCCUUAUUUGAAAUUUUAAUAAAGCCUUUUAAUUUGGAAGUUGCCUUGAUACUUUGUAUGCUUUACGAGUGUAUAUAGUAAAUUCUUAGUACGUAUAUUGGUCUAAGUGACGUGGAUAACUUAUAAACGAUGGGUGCAUAAGCCAUAAGAUAAGUUAGCCAUAAUAAUAAUAAUAAUCCUGAUCACCACUAUAUCAGGCUUAUUGGCUGCUAAUUGUUCUGGCGGUGAUGAUAGACCGAUCCUAGUACAAUGUAAUAUAAUUAUUGCUGGCUGAUUUCGACCACAGCGACUAGACUUCAGAUUGACAGCGUGGCCGAUGCCGUCAGCCAAUUUUUGACAAUGGUAAACUCCAUAUUUCUCUCCGCUACCACCCGAAAUGCUCCCAUCCUUAAUGUCAUCGUCCCUACGUAGCGAGCACCAUACUCCUUAAACUCCCAGUCCUUUGGGCACCGCCAUUCUGACUGUUCAUCCUGACGGUACGAUUCCGAUCAGGUCUAUCAUCAGUGGCCAUGUAGUACAUGUAAACCUAUUGUGGUGUCAUGAUAAUAAACUAGAAUCCUUCAAGUUAUAUAUCGUAUGUACCAUAGCACACCAUCGGUACACUUUGCGUUGUCUUGUACCAAAAUUUAGCGUUUAGUUGUUUUUUUUAAGUUCCCGACUGAACCAAAAUAUAGUACUUUAUAUUGUGUUAACGAUCACCGAGUAAUAAAAACAAGAGAAACUA